AUGGCUAUUGAACUCCCCACAAACACGACUCUACCAUCAAAUGGCACUGAAAUCUCAAAUAAUGCGGGUGAGAGCAAGUUCACUGUCAAGGCGGGACUUGCACGCAUGUUAAAAGGUGGUGUCAUCAUGGAUGUAGUUAACGCCGAACAGGCAAAAUUAGCAGAGGAAGCUGGCGCAUGUGCGGUCAUGGCAUUGGAGCGUGUACCCGCAGAUAUCAGAGCUGAAGGAGGUGUGGUACGGAUGAGCGAUCCAAAAUUAAUUAAAGAGAUCAUGGCAGCCGUCACCAUACCUGUAAUGGCCAAAGCAAGGAUAGGGCAUUUUGUGGAGUGUCAGAUAUUAGAAGCUAUCGGAGUCGACUACAUUGAUGAAUCCGAAGUCCUCACCCCGGCCGAUCACCUUCACCAUGUUGAAAAGCACAGUUACUCCGUACCAUUCGUUUGUGGUUGCCGAAAUCUUGGUGAAGCUCUUCGCAGAAUAUCAGAGGGUGCGGCAAUGAUUAGAACAAAAGGCGAAGCUGGUACAGGUGACGUUGUCGAGGCUGUACGUCACACGCGAACAGUAUCAGCAGAAAUAAGUCGAGCAUCACAGAUGUCGGAUCCUGAGCUUCGGGUUCUAGCCAAAGAGAUUCAGGCACCAUACGAUCUCCUUCGACAGACCGCCAAAUUGGGCAGAUUACCUGUUGUCAACUUUGCUGCCGGUGGAGUCGCGACGCCGGCUGAUGCAGCACUCAUGAUGCAACUAGGAUGUGACGGAGUGUUUGUUGGAAGCGGUAUUUUCAAAUCAGGUGAUGCCGUUAAGAGAGCAAAGGCAAUCGUACAGGCAGUGUCUCACUACAAUGACCCUAAGGUGUUAGCGGAAGUUAGCGAGGAUCUCGGAGAAGCAAUGGUAGGGCUGAAUGUGAGCAUGAUGGAUGCCAAGGAUAAGAUGCAGGGCAGAGGUUGGUGA